AUGACCCGAUACUCCGUUCAGUCCGUCGACCCCACCAAGACCGCCUCUGCCCGAGGCGCCUACCUGCGAACCUCGUUCAAGAACACCUACGAGGUUGCCGGAGCCAUCCGAGGCUGGAACCUGCAGAAGGCCCUGGCCUACCUGGACCAGGUCACCGACCACAAGCGAGCCAUUCCCUUCCGAAAGCACGCCGGCUCCAUUGGCCGAACCGGCCAGGGUAAGGAGUUUGGUGUCACCAAGGCCCGAUGGCCCGUCAAGUCCAUCAAGUUUGUCCAGGACCUGCUCCAGAACGCCCAGGCCAACGCCGAGACCAAGGGUCUUGACAAGGAGACUCUUGUCAUCUCUCACAUCCAGGUCAACCAGGCCCCCAAGCAGCGACGACGAACCUACCGAGCCCACGGUCGAAUCAACGCCUACCAGUCUUCUCCUUCCCACAUUGAGCUCAUUCUCUCCGAGCCCGCCGAGGAGAUUGCCAAGGCCAAGGAGACCUCUCUGGCCCAUAUCUCUUCUCGACAGCGAGGCCGAAUCGCUGCCCAGAAGCGAAUCUCCGCCUAA